AUGUCCUCCAUCUUGUGUCCUGACAUGAACUCACUCCAGGCUGCAGGCACAGUCCCUGCGGAUCUCAGCGGCUCUCUACAUCGUGUUGCUCCAGCCAAGUUUGAAGUGGGGAAUUACAGGAUGCGCCAUUUCUUUGAUGGUCUGGCAAUGGUCUAUAGCUUCACCAUAGAACAGGGCACCGUACAAUUUCACAGCAAAUAUAUUGAGAGUGAGGCCUAUACCAAAGCCAUGUCAACAAACUGUAUCCUCCACUCCGGAUUCGGUACUGUUCGCUUCCCGGAUCCCUGUAAGAACAUAUUCUCCAGGUAUUUUUCCUACUUCUCCGACGACAGAAUAACUGAUAAUCCAUCUGUCAACCUUCUUCCCUGCGAGGACGCCUUGCUCGCCAUUACUGAAACUAAGUACUGGACCAAGUUGGACCCAAAGACGUUGACAACAACGGAGAAGAGGAUCGACAUGUCGCGACCUAUCAGUGUCGCCACUCCUGCACACCCGCAUAUAGACGCCGAGGGAAAUUUCUACAACUUUGGCACGCUGUAUGGCGGGAGGCCAAUCUACUACUUGUCCAAGAUUCCAUCACGUUUAGACGUGAUUACCAACAACGAAGGCCCCAAACCAGCUGAAGAUAAACCCCAACCAGAAAUUCUUGCCAAGAUUUACGGCCAAUUCAAAGCGUUCCCAACAUAUUUCCACAGCUUUGCAAUGUCGGAGAACUACUACGCGCUCGUCGAGCAGCCUUUGGGCAUGAACGUGCUGAAACUGAUGACAAUGAAGGUGACCAGAAAGAGCGUUCAAGAAGCUAUGGAAUGGUAUCCAACAAUCAAAGCACGGUUCCGAUUGGUCAAUCGAAAGACCAAUGAGGAGGUAGCAAAACUGUUCACUGCGGACCCCUUCUUCGUCUUCCAUCAUAUCAACGCUUAUGAAGAGGAGGACCACUUGAUAAUAGACCUGUGCGGUUACAGUGACCCAUGCAUCAUUGACGCCUUCUAUCUGAAGAAUUUAGAUCCUGAAAGCGGGUUGUUUUCGGGCGAAGUGUUCCCCGAAAACACUUUACCGGAGGUCCGUCGCUACGUGCUGCCUUUGAAACCGACAUCUGACGCGAUCUCGAGGAAAGAGAAUCUCAUCACCGUGGAGCGUUUCAGAAACCGAAUGGAAGCUCGGUAUGACAUGACAGACGGGAGCAUCCACUGCACGUUCAUCGUGAUAGGCAAACCUGGUUUGGAACUUCCCCGAAUUAACUACGCCAGCUACAACGGUAAGAAGUACCAGUACGUCUAUUGCUGGGGCUCGUUCGCAGGGAAGCACAGCUAUCGAAACGCCGUAGUUAAAGUGGAUAUGGAGAGCGGCACGGAAGUGGCAUGGCGCGGCAGCCACACCCAGUACCCCAGUGAGCCUGUCUUUGUCCCUCUAGCGUCCGCCGGGAACGAUGAGGACAGCGGUGUGGUGCUCACGGCAGUAACGGACGUUGGUCAAGGAAAGCCGGACUUCUUGCUGAUAUUGGACGCCAAAACUAUGGUGGAGUUGGCCCGGGCAGAGGUGCCUACUGAUGUUAACGUUCCGUUCGGUUUACAUGGGCUUUUCACUUCAUAAGAUUGGGAUAAGAGCUUCAUCAAUGGACGCAAGGCACAUGUCAGUAGUUAUGCAUAUUUUAAAUCAGCUUUAGACACAAUGUGUAAAUGCGUUGAGUAACUGUGCCUAUUAACUCCGACGACAUAGAAAUGACCGCGUCGUCGACGUCGCUGUGGCAGUGCCACCGUGACUGAUCUCGUUGCCCUCACUGUCCAACACAAUCAACUAAAUCAAGGUAUAUAACAGCAGUAGCAUUGCGUUUACACAAUUUUCUGCAAACAAACCGUAAACUUUAACCAAGGAAAAAGAAACUCCAAAAGAUAUGCACUGUCUUUGUAUAAUUAACAAGUUGAUGGAUUUGUUUUGACAACGAAAAUUGCGACACAUGGACCAAUGCAAACAGUGAAACUGAAGUCAAAGCUUUUCCCUAAAAUAUUAAAAAAAAAAA